UCAUGCAUAGAUACUACUACUACAACCCUAGCGAAAAAGCACUCAAACAAGCGCCCUUCAUCAAAUGAUGUCUCCCUUUAGCCCGCAUUCUCUUCUCAUUUUCUCAAUCCUCAUUUUCUCUCCCUCCUCAUAUGUAUCCUUCGAUCUAGAUUUUUCUCCAUCCCUGACCUAUUCUCAAGAUUAUGGAAAAAUCAUUGAGGAAUCUCCGGUUUCAGUAUUAAGGCCUACAAGUCCUACAGAUAUCUCCCUCCUCCUGAAAUCUAUCUCCACCGAUCCAGCACAAAACAAUGUAACAGUAGCUGCAAGAGGGGCAGCCCACUCAACAUAUGGCCAGGCUCAAGCCCCCGGUGGUAUUGUUAUAGACAUGACAAGCCUUCCGAACUUCAUUAAAGUAGAGAAUGGCUAUGUUGAUGCUGGAGGAGGAGCUCUCUGGGUUGAUGUGCUCAAAGAGACUUUGAGCUAUGGGCUCACCCCGAGGACAUGGACAGAUUAUUUGUAUCUAACAGUCGGCGGGACUCUUUCUAAUGCUGGCGUCAGUGGCCAAGCAUACAGAUAUGGGCCACAGAUAUCAAAUGUGCUCGAACUAGAUGUAGUCACAGGCAAAGGAGAACAAGUCACUUGCUCUGAGCUUGUGAACUCGGAUCUCUUUUAUGGCGUCUUAGGAGGGCUUGGGCAAUUUGGCAUUAUAACAAGAGCCAGAAUCAUAUUACAGCACGCUCCCGAAAUGGUCAAACGGGUAGAAAUAAUCUAUGGUGACUUUGAUCAGUUUAUAAAAGAUCAAGAAUUCCUCAUCUCCAAGGGAAAGGUUGACUAUCUCGAAGGCUUUGUGAAUCUUCAAGCAAGCACAUCGACAACCACAACUGAGCUACCAAAUCCCUAUUAUACCAUUGAGCUUGCAUUAUAUUAUAAUGACACAAACCUUGUCCAAAAUACGUUAGAUCAGCUAGUGUUACAACUAGGGUCAGUGAGAUUGUCUACGACUGAGUUUGAUGUCUCAUUCUUUGAAUUCCUCAACCGGGUGAAGGCGACAGUGGACGAGCUCACUCAGAGAGGGCUGUGGGAUAUUCCACACCCGUGGUUCAACUUAUUCGUACCAAAGGCUCAAAUAGUGAGGUUUAAAGACCUCGUCAUCCAGUCUAUCUCAAGUACCUACAUUGGUGGCCCUAUAAUCAUAUAUCCAAUCCUAAGGCACAAGUGGAACUUAAACAUGUCGGUUAUGCUACCUGAAGUCUAUCCAAAGGAAGACAUUGUAUAUAUAGUCUCUGUGCUCCAAUGGACAACUUGUGAGCGUGGCUCCCAAUGUCUCGAGACUCUCCUUAGCCAAAACAAAAAGGUCAUAAGCAUCGCCACAUCUGAGCCCAACACACGGCCAAUUUCUAUAAAUAAUCCAACGAGGAGUGAUUUGAGCAACGACGGAGGCGGAAUGGGAGCAAAACAGUAUUUGCCAUAUUGGACGAGCGAAGAGGAAUGGGGAGCUCAUUUUGGUGGAAAAUGGGACCGAUUCAAAGAUCUCAAGAGUAGAUUCGAUCCUCUGAACGUUUUAGCCCCCGGUCAAAGGAUUUUUAAGAGGAAGCCAAUUGCCACAUAAGCCCCCUAUCUUAAGUCCGCUUUAUGCUCUAGGCUGAUAUAUAUCAAGGAGUCAGUUGGAGCUCAUUGCCAUCCUUCAAGCGUACGAACUGAGUUUAUAUUUUCUUUUGGAUACUGAAACGAAAUUAUUGAAUCAGAAUGCUCAGUUUAAUUAUUGUCAGGUCUUGUCUCUUAUA